CAAACAAAGAGCAGGCUGGCCAAAAUCUUAGAAGAAACGACGGUGUUUUGGGGUAUUAGGGUUUGUUUGCUUUGAACGGACAACAUCCCAUUCUAAAACACCCAUUUGAACUCAGCACCCUUCCUCGACCAACGUCCCUCGACGCUCCGGCGAGCUACUGCAGUCCGAAGAAGGUAUCAUACUCUCUCCGGCGACAGUUACCUUCUCCGACGACACUUCUCUCCUUCCAGCUGCGUGAACUGUGACUAUAAGUUUGACAACCAAAGCAGCCAAUAACUAACUCGGCUAGAUGUCGACUGGGCCUGGACUUGAGUCUCUUGUCGAUCAGCAAAUUUCAGUAAUUACAAAUGAUGGACGAAAUAUAGUGGGUGUCCUAAAAGGCUUUGACCAGGCAACUAAUAUAAUUCUUGAUGAGUCCCAUGAACGAGUUUUUUCUACCAAGGAAGGCGUCCAGCAAAUAGUUCUCGGUUUAUACAUCAUUAGGGGUGACAACAUAAGUGUUGUCGGUGAACUGGAUUUGGAUCUUGAUAGGAGCCUUGAUAUGACCAAGCUUAGAGCUCAUCCGUUGAAGCCUGUCAUCCACUGAAGUAAACUUAUGUUAGUUGUUAGGAGAUGAUUGCUUGGUGGAAAGGGUUGGAGCAUUACAAUAUUAUAUACGAUAUUAAGAGGUGAAAUGAAUGUGCAAGAAUAUUUUGACAACAUAAUAUACUCAAUUAGUAAUAUUUCUCAUUCUGUUGGUUGUUGAUGUUGCAUGGAAAUCAUGGCUUACUAUGUGCUGGACUGUGCUAAACAAGUGUUCAUUAUGAUGGUGCUGGCUAGUAUUGGUAACAUUCUGGUUUGGACCUUCA